AUGAGUAAGGUUCUUAAACUCACAAGUGUGACCCUUGCGGCGUCCAGUUUGGCCGCGGCAGGAUACUUCUACGCUUUCGACAGAGAUAGCUACCACUACAAAAACGCCUCGUGGAAGCGCAUCGGCGACCACGUACAGGGUAUCCUGGAUCGCAAGGAAGAUAUCGCCGUACAAAGAACGAGUAGUGAGGCUCGCGAUGUGACCGUGAGGCCCAUCAAGGAGACGAUGAAAGACCUAUGGAACGAGCAGGUUCGCAAUACAGCCCAGUGGGUCUACUCGUUCGGCAGUAACACCAGCACCAAAGCUUGA